AUGGUGCCGCUGUCUUCCUUCCUGCUAGUUGCGUUGGCUAGUGCCAAAUGCUUCGAACCUACCAUCGCGCAUCCGCCGCCUCGGUACAAUGCUGGCGAUCCUCUGCUCCAAGACGCGUUCGAGUCUAUUGACACGGCACUCAUAGCAGCCGUCGCAGCGCCGGAGUUCGACCGAACCUCCUUCUCUGUAGAGAUAACCUCGUCGAAAGAUACGUUAUGGUCACAUCAUCAUACGGCGCGCGAACGUAAUGCCUCGCGCCCAGAUAUCCCCGAAGUCAACGGCGACGCGCUAUACCGCAUCGCUAGUAUCACCAAGACCUUCACCGUACUCGGUAUACUGUAUCAGCAUGCAGCAGGCAACUUGAGCUUGGAUGCUACAGUGAAUACAUACCUCAAGGAAUUAGGAGACAAGUCGAACGGCGGCAUUCCAUGGAAAGACAUUACAUUGCGCAGUCUGGCUAGCCAGCUGAGCGGCCUUCCCCGCGAAUGUAAGAUGUCUUCUGGAAAGAAGCAGAAUCUGUUCGCAGUAUGCCACACAGACGAAGAUAUGUUUCGACAGCUCAAGAAGUUCGCACCGCUAUUCGCGCCAAACCAAGAAUCGUCUUACUCCAAUGUCGCUUUCGAACUCCUUGGUCUCGUCCUCUCGCGCGUGGCAAACCAGACCUACGAGACCUAUAUCGACGAAGCCAUCUUCAAGCCCUUGAACAUGUCUACCAGCACUCUCUCUAAGCCUGCCGAUUCUGCUGGCGUCAUUCCGGCUGGUCCACAAUUCUGGGGUGUGGACGAAGGCAUCCAAAAUCCUACCGGUGGCAUCUACAGUUCGUCGAACGACCUGUCGAAGUACCUCCGCUAUAUCCUCACCCAUUACAAUGCCAUUACCCACGCAGUAAACUGGCUGCAUCCCGUCUCUUCGUCCCGCGGAUUGAACUCAUUUUAUGGCAUGCCGUGGGAGAUUUACCAAACAGACCGCAUACUUGAGCAGUCGAAACGUACUGUACGCUUUGUCACUAAGAGUGGAGGGUUGCCGGGCUACACCUCCAUCAUCAUAACAGUGCCGGAAUACGACUUGGGUAUCACUAUUCUAGUUGCGGGCCCCAACGCAAUCCUAUCCAAGAUCAUGGACAUUGUUACAGUAAAGAUAGUGCAUGCAGCCGAAAAGCUUGCCAUACAGCAAAUGCGUAACCGCUAUGCGGGCACCUACAGCGCUUCAGAUCCAGAAGUGAACUCUACGGCCACACUGAGAGCUGAUUACCGCGGUCUUGUUGUUACAACCUUUGUUUCCAACGGGACGGUUGUCUUCGAAGCACCGAUCACGAAAGACGCGACGUCUCCGCCCCGUUAUGCGCAGCUUAGCCCAACGCUUCUCUAUCGCAACGAGGAAGAACAGGAUGGUGAAGAGUGGCGUGCAUUGAUCGUCGAGGAGCGCGCAGAAGGGCUGGGCUCUAUUUGGGACGACUUCUGCGUGGAGGACUGGGAAAUGUCCAGUUACGCCGGCAUACCUUUGAACACAGCGGUGUUCUGGGAUGAGCAAAAAGACGGUCAUUUCGAAACACUAGAGCUACCGGCUUUCCGCGUGAAUCUCACAAGAGUGGAUCAGAAGAGGGGGUCGAAUGGGAAGUAUGGUCAACAAGAAACGAUGGAGCUCUAA